AUGAAGCCUGUUUCCUUGAUUCUGUCAUUGCUACUGUUGGGGCCCUUGGCAGAGGCGUUUCAGUCAGCCCAUGGGGUGUUCUCGAGUAGAACAUUGAGCCACGAUCAGAAGAGAAAUGAGAAGCAUUUGACGGUAUUGGCAUCCACCAAGAAUAGCACCACCGAAACAGAAGAAAAUCUCUCUGGUCUCGUCAAUGGGAUGCUCAAAACACACCGAGAGAUGGCCAAAGAAGUGGCGGAACUCAGUGCGCUCAACAAAGAGGACAUGCCAAAGCCAGGAACCGACGGCAUCUACCGAAUGGUCAAUGAAAAGCAGUUCCGAAACUUUUUGACGGGCCAUUCCGAUCAGCUGGUGAUUGUCAAGUUCUCGAGUCCCUUCUGCAAAGCCUGUAAAAUGCUCAAACAAAAGUUUCGUCUUCUUCAUCAAGACCCCAAGUUCCAGGGCGCACCAGUAGUGAUUGGAGACAUUUCCCUAUCCAACAACAAACAUGCAAAAGUGGUGGAUCCGUUUGCUAACUUCGUCACGUCCGAACUGAAGGUCUCAAAAAUUCCAACCUUGCAUUUCUAUGUUGCUGGAGAACUCGUCGAGACCAUUGAAUGUGGACCUGAAGGGUGCGCCUGGACUCGACUCAAACCGCAAAUGGUGGACAUUGUGGACCAGUGGCGUCCCGCCUUGUUGUCGUCAGAGGAAGUACCAGAAGUAGAGAAAGAACAAUCGUCUUCUGACGCCGCAGAAGAAGACAGUAUCCCUGCAUCGUCCAAAUCCAUGCAGCAGCGAAUCCAAUCCUUCUUUUCAGGUAAAAGGAUGGACGCUUGA